AUGGGCACCAUGAAUACCAGCAGCUCCAGCCGUAUUAUGGGUGCCACCGCGGGUAUAUACAGCAGUUACGUGGAACACUCGAGAAUUGAUAUGCAGGCGGAGGAUGCAAAUGUGUAUGUGGCCCACGCUCUCCGCCUGGUCAUCCAGAAUGUGCUUGCCCAGCUUAGUGCCACGCUGGUGGUGACCAUUUCCGCGCGUCAUCGAGGCACUGCCCAAUGGUUUGAGUAUAUGAUGAAUAAUUUGGUUGAUUCGUGGCGGAUGACAGCCGUCCAGUUGCUGCGAUUCCGGCCAGAUAUGGUUCACAUCCCAGUGCCGGGACGGAAGAGGGUCAACCUGCUCCUGGUGGACUCCUACGGGGGACUGCUGGACACCAACAUAACCACGGAUAAUGCCGACUUUGAUGAUCCGGACUAUUACUUUAUCUUCCUGCAGACGCGGGACCCCUUGAUUCCUAAGGAGCUGAGCCUGAUCCUUAACCAUUGCCUGGCCAACUUUUGGAUGCACUGUAACGUUAUGGUCCAGACCGCCGACGUGGAUGUCCUGGUGUAUACUUACUAUCCCUAUAUGGCGGGCAGGUGCCAGGAGGCGCAACCAGUGCUGGUUAAUCGCUUCGAUGGCCGUCGUUGGCUAACAAACUCAUCCAUGUUUCCGGAUAAACUGCGACAGAUGCAUGGCUGUCCUUUGACUGUGCUCACCUGGCAUUUGCCGCCUUUUGUGGAACUGGUUUUGGAUGCAACCACAGAAGUAGUCCGGGCUGCAGGCUUUGAGAUUCAAUUGGUGCGUCACCUGGCCAGCCGGAUGAACUUCAGCCUGGAACUGGCCAAUCUGGCACUGCUGCGACCGGAGGCCUAUCGUCUGGCCGAUGGUGUCAAAGAUGGACCCAUAGAGUGGCUGCUGUCACGCCGUGCCAACCUAAGCAUGGGUUACUUCCGGAAGACGGCUCGCCGGAACCAGCUGCUGACCACACCCAUGUCGUACUACUCCGCCAGCCUGGUGGCCGUGCUCCAGCUGGAGCGCUAUCGCCUGGGCUCUCUGGCCCUGCUGGUCUUUCCCUUUGAGGCGUCCGUGUGGCUGCUGCUGCUCCUGGCCCUGGUCAUACACCUGGGUCUCUACCUGCCCUGCUGGAGACGGCGGAGGAGACGAAUAAAUGUGGCGGGUGGAGAAAGAGAAACUGGAGGUGGAGGACUACAGGUAUUGGGACUACUGCUGGGAACCGCUCUAGCCCAAAUGCCACGAUCCUGGCGGCAGCGCCUCAUCGCCGCCCAUUGGCUGUGGGCCAGCAUACCGCUGAGGAUUUGCUACCAGUCACUCCUGUUCCAUCUCAUCCGCCUGCAGCUGUACAGCACGCCAUCCUUUUCGCUGGAUCAACUGCUGGCGGAGGGCUUCCAGGGCAUUUGUACGGCGAACACGCGGCGUUUGCUCCUCGAAAUGCCGCAGCUGGACGGACACCCGGACAGCAUUCAAGCUUUGGACACACCCUCCGAUUUGGCCGUGCUGGAGGCACUGCAGCGGAAUACCAACGGCAAGAUCUUUGCCGUGGCCAACCAGGACGUGGCCCUGUCCUUUAUACACUCCAGCAGCCAUCCCAAUGCUUAUCAUGUGGUCCGGCAGCCAGUGAAUGUGGAAUAUGCUGGCAUCUAUAUGCCCAAGCAUUCGUAUCUCUAUGAGAAGGUGGAUGAGACAGUGCGAAGACUGGAUGCCGGUGGCUUUAUCCAUGCCUGGCGGCGCGCCUCCUUUGUGGCCCACCGGCGGGAGGCAGUGCAGCAGACCAACCGGCGGUACGUUAAUCAUGCAAAGCUAUCCGGGAUUUACAUGGUCAUGGCGGGGAUGUACACCUUAGCUGGUCUGGUGUUUGCUGGAGAACUACUGCUCCGGCGGAGGAACUGGACUUGGAUGUGGAUUGGUGUAGCAUAAGGUUUGUAACUUGCAGCUAUUUUUUGGUUAAUAAUUAAGGAAU